AUAAAAUAGGUCGGGAUCAGGGCUCUUUCUCAGCAGCCGCACUUCCGAACCACGAUUCCAAAACUAGGGUUUUUGAGGAGAGGAAGAUGGGCCACACGAACGUCUGGAAUUCUCAUCCGAAGAACUACGGCCCUGGAUCACGCACCUGCCGAGUUUGUGGAAACCCACAUGGGUUGAUCAGGAAGUAUGGGCUUAUGUGCUGCAGGCAGUGUUUCCGCAGCAACGCCAAGGAGAUUGGCUUCAUCAAGUACCGCUGAGAAGACAAGUACUAGGUAGACGAGCAUCCGAUGGAGGCAGACAAGCAGAUUUUGGUAGAUGGCAUCCAAUGGAGGCAGAAAAGGCAAAUAUUAUUAUUUUUAGUGUCUGUUUAGUUGGGACUUGUUUUCUACAACAUGCUUAAAAAUCUCUGGGUGGGGUUGUUUGCUUACCCCAUGCUUAAAAACUUGCAUACUUAUCUGAGGAUCUUAUAGGUUGCUUUCUCUAAAUAUUUUAAUGAUGCCUCUACUGAUUUAGAAA